CUGAUCGAAAUAUGAUAGAGGGACUAAUCAACCAGGCCGGAGGAGGGAGGAGAAAAAAGCAAAUGAGAUGAGCCUAAAGCCACGGGUCCUGUUGCAAAACCAGCUAAACGGACAGCCGCCUUAUAACAUUUUUAUUGCUAGGGUGACACGCUCCCCCAAAUCCCCACUACCGCCGAAGUUCCCCUUUCACCACCCCCAUCGUCCCCAAAUGUCCCAACCAAGCCAACACCACCACUUCCCGCCGUUUGCCGUCGCCGUCGCCGUCGCGGCCGUGCUAGUCCUGCUCUCACCGCCGUCUGCCGCCGACCCAAACGACGAGCUGUGCCUGUCGAGCCUCCAGCAGUCCCUCUCCCUCCGCAACUGGACCAAGUCCUUCUUCACCGACCCCUGUGACGGCUUCAUCUCCAAGCUCCAGGGCGUCACCUGCAACAACGGCCGCGUCUACAAGCUCUCCCUCCCCGGGCUCUCCCUCGCCGGCUCCAUCCCGCCGGAGCUCUCCAACUGCACCAACCUCCAGUCGCUGGACCUGUCCUCCAACGCGCUGUCCGGCGCCAUCCCGACGGAGCUAUCCAAGCUGCUCAACCUGGCCGUGCUCAACCUCUCCGCCAACGCCCUCUCCGGUGCCAUCCCGCGGGAGCUCGCGAGCUGCGCCUACCUCAACGUCAUAGAUCUCCACGGCAACCAGCUCUCCGGGCCCAUCCCCGACGAGCUCGGCCUCCUCGUCCGUCUCUCCACCUUCGACGUCUCGUACAACCGGCUGUCCGGCCCCAUCCCCGUGCUCCUCGCGAACCGCAGCAUCGCCGGUGGCGGCGGGGCGGUGGCCGCGGGGACGACGGCGAGGUUCAAUGCCAGCUCGUUCGCCGGGAACAAGGACCUGUACGGGUACCCUCUGCCGCCAAUGCGAGGCCACGGACUGUCCGUGCUCGCCAUCGUCGGCAUCGGCCUCGGCAGCGGACUGCUCAGUCUCGUGCUCAGCUUCUCCGCCGUCUGCAUCUGGCUCCGCUCCACCGACCGCACGGCCGCCACGCCCGGCGAGGAGGGCAAGAUCUCACACCUCAUGCCGGCCUACUGAACUGCAACUAGGCAACAUGCUGAUGCCGGUGGUACUCUACAGAUGCAGCUCCUUGCAUCGAGUUGGAGUACGGAUUUGAUUUAAUUUAACUCCAGACGAUAGAUUCGGGCCUGGUAAUCCGGGCGUGGUUGGAUUCUCUGAGCCAAGAUUGGGCCCUGGGGCUGGCUGGAAAAGGCUGGAUCGAUCAGAGCAUGGCUAGCUAGCAGAGCAGCCGUCAUCAGUGUCAGAAGCUAAUCCAAUUGGAGUUAAUUGGUGCAUUGUUUUCUCUUCUCUUUCAGCUUGGGGUAAGUAUUAAAUAACUUGUUUUUGGCUUUUUUAGAACGACCCUCUGGAGUUAGUGCGUGAGGGAGAGGGACAGAGUUAGGCGUUGGUGACAUCCACCUGUGCUUGUAUAUUGGUACAGUAGAGAAUUUAUUCCACUUCACUGGUGUGAGUGCUGACUGCUGCCGAUCUUUCCGCCAGCUUAAGCCAUUUGUUUUCUCCGGGAUUUGUUUACGAUAAUGCUACUCUAAUAAUCA